GUUACUGCUAUCCUAUGUGAACCAGAAGUGAUAGCGACUUCGCAACAAGGUGAUGAUGCACAAAUUGCUGCAGAAAAUGCAUACUUAUUGUCAUUUUUUGUCAACUGCAUCCAAGGAACUGUUUUAUUCUCUACCUAAAUAAUGUUUACUCAAUUCUUAUUUCUUUAUUUGUUUAUAUUUUCUUCAUAUCAAUUCAUACUUAUCAUCUUGAGGUGUCAGCAAGAACUAUUAUGUGGUGGCCAAGGAUGAUGCAUCAAUAGUUGACAUAACAUAGCCUCCAUCUUAUCCAAAAUUAAUUUAUUCGAGCUUAACAGCCUCUGGGGAAAACCUUGAGAAACUUAGGCCAUAUUUUGGAGACUGGAAAAAUCAAGUCUCUGAUUGAUCCUACAGGCCCAUAUCAUUUUACAGAUGUAGUUGAAGCAUUUCUGCCUUUCUGGUAUUUAGAAACCGGAAGAUCCAGAGGUAAGCUUGUUAUAUUCUUUUCUCUCUUCCAUCCACACACGUUCCUUCUCUUGCUUCUUGGAAGAUCAAGAAAAAUCCCAUGUGAUUUCGCAGAAGAUGUCUGUCGAGGUUGUUUACUGAUGCAUGGCCCAGGACAAAUUGCUAAACAUUUUAUGGAGCAAUUGGAUCACCGAAAAAAAGGAUGAGAAGGCCCAUAUAGUUUUCAAAAGUUUACUAAAACGGAUCCACACCAUUCACAAAUAGGGAUGCUAUUUCGUUUGGUUACUGCUAUGUAAACCAGAGUUGAUAGCGAGUUUGCAACAAGGUGAUGAGAUUGCUGCAGAAAAUGCCAAGGGAGGUCACUAUGAUGUUAAACGUAGCGAAUAAGAAUCCAAGAAGAUGAUAUGACCAUUGAUCACUCUGGCUUCUCAAGUGAAGGAGAUUUCUAUCACAAGAAAUGGAAGUUCUCUUAAUCAUCUUCACCUCGAUCGCUGCAAGUCCACUAGUUCUCUUCAUAAGCUUCUUUUUAUAUGUCGUACUCCAGAUCUUCGUUAACAAAGCCAUCAAUGAUCCUCAAUACCCACCUGUAAAAGGCACAGUUUUUCACCAGCUUAUCCACUUCAAGAAACUCUAUGACGACCAAACUGAAGUUGCCAGAAGACACCCUACUUUCCGGCUUCUCGCUCCAGGGCAGAGCGAAAUAUACACAACUGAUCAAAGGAACAUAGAGCAUAUACUGAAGACUAAUUUUGACAAGUAUUCCAAAGGAAAGUAUAAUCAAGAUAUUGUGACAGAUCUAUUUGGUGAUGGGAUUUUCGCGGUUGAUGGGGACAAGUGGAGGCAGCAGAGGAAGCUUGCUAGCUUUGAGUUCUCAACUAGAGUUCUUAGAGAUUUUAGCUGUUGUGUGUUCAGAACAAAUGCUGUCAAACUGGUUAGGGUCGUUUCUAAGUUUUCUGCUGCAGGCCAGAGUUUUGACAUUCAAGAUAUCUUUAUGCGAUGUGCUUUGGAUUCCAUAUUCAAAGUUGGGUUCGGAAUGGAAUUGAAUUGCUUGGAGGGUUCAACUGAAGAGGCAACUGCGUUUAUGAAAGCAUUUGAUGAUUCAAAUGCUCUAGUCUAUUGGCGUUAUGUUGAUCCAUUCUGGAGACUGAAAAGGUUACUUAACAUCGGUUCUGAAGCUUCGCUUAAGAAAAAUGUCAGACUCAUUGAUAAUUUUGUAUAUAAGCUCAUUAGCACGAGAAGGAACCUGCUUGUGAAGCAACUAGAUAAUAAUGCUAAGGAGGACAUACUGUCAAGGUUUUUGGUGGACAGUGAAAAGAAUCCAGACAAAAUGAAUGAUCGAUAUCUGAGGGAUAUAAUUCUGAAUUUUAUGAUCGCUGGCAAAGAUACUAGCGCAAAUACUCUGUCGUGGUUCAUCUACGCACUCUGCAAGAACCCUCUAAUCCAAGAGAAACUGGCACAAGAAGUGAGAGAUGUCACUGGUAGUCAAGAGGAAGCAAUAAGGAUUGACGAUUUCAUAACCAAGACAACUGACUCAACACUUGAGCAAAUGCAUUAUCUGCACUCAGCAUUGACAGAGACUUUACGACUCUACCCUGCAGUUCCUAUGGAUGGAAGGUGCGCGGAGACCGAUGAUGUACUUCCCGAUGGCUUUAGGCUCCGAAAAGGAGAUGGAGUGUAUUACAUGGCCUAUGCAAUGGGGAGGAUGCCACAUAUAUGGGGAGAAGAUGCAGAGGAUUUUCGUCCGGAGAGGUGGCUUGACAGUAACGGAGUUUUCCAGCCCGAAUCGCCUUUCAAAUUUAUAUCAUUUCAUGCUGGUCCUAGAAUCUGUCUAGGCAAGGACUUUGCUUAUCGGCAGAUGAAGAUAUUAUCCAUGGCGCUGCUACGCUUCUUCCGCUUCAAAUUGGCUGAUGAUACAAGAACAGUAACUUACAGAACAAUGCUCACUCUCCACAUUGAUGGAGGCCUCCAUGUAUGUGCGGUUCCAAGGACGAAUUCAGGAAUUUGAAGUAUCUGUACACCCUUAGCAUAUGAAUGUCAUUUCUAAUUCAAAUAAAAAGGAAUCUCUAGCUUGUUGGUUGUUGAGUCA